GUAAGUAGAAUAAAUGACUCAUUUCAUAACAGAAAAAAAAAAAAAAAAGGAUUAGAUUGACAGAUCACAAUGAUAUAUUAUUAUUGUACUUUUGUCAAAAACAACUUGCAUUUGCGUAAACAUCUUUGUUUAUCUAUCUUUUCACACCACCCUAAAUAAACCCAACAUCACACAUCAUUUUGUUUCAUAUAUUCUAUGUUGUUUCUACUCACUCUCAUUCACAAAAUUAAUCAUCAUCUAAUCUCCUAAUUAACUUUGUAAUUAAGAGUUAAGUGUUUUUCUUUAGUUAAGUUAAAAAAAUGUUGGCUAUAUUCAACAAGGAUUUGGUGGAUCCACCAAAGGAGCUAAACAGCCCGGUUUCACAUUCAUCCGGGUCGGGUAAUAAGCCCAAGUACCCUCAAGAUAUUGUGAAAACUUUCCAACAAGCUUAUUCCCAAAAUACCCCUCUUUCUGUUGGUUUUGGCAAUUCUGCUUUUCUUGCUUAUUCCUCUUCUAAAGGUCCUCAAGUUCAUCACCAAAGGUUGUUUAGUGGGAUGGACAACAUGUAUUGUAUAUUCUUGGGGAGUUUGCAUAAUUUGAACGCCUUAAAUAAGCAAUAUGGUUUAGGAAGAGCUACCAAUGAAGCCAUGUUUGUCAUUGAAGCUUACCGGACCCUCCGAGACCGUGGCCCGUACCCGGCUGAUCAAGUCCUUAAGGAUCUUGAAGGCUGCUUUGGGUUUGUCAUAUUUGAUCAAACUGCUGGGACUGUCUUUGCUGCUCAAGGGACAGAUCAAAGAGUUAAACUUUAUUGGGGAAUUGCUGCUGAUGGUUCUGUUGUUAUUUCUGAUAAUUUGGAUGUCAUAAAAUCAGGCUGUGCUAAAUCUUUUGCACCCUUUCCAUCUGGGUGUAUGUACCACAGUGAAGUAGGGUUAAUGAGCUUUGAACAUCCAAAGAAUAAAAUGAAGGCAAUGCCAAGAACAGACAGUGAAGGGGCGAUGUGUGGAGCAAACUUUAAGGUGGAUAUCAACUCAAAGAAAACUACUAUGCCUCGUGUUGGAAGUGAAGCUAAUUGGGCCCUUUGUGGUUUCCAAACUUGAAUUUUUUUUUUAACAAAAUAAAAAAUUAUUCGGAAUUUUAUGUUUUGAAGAUUUUUUUACUCUAGUAAGUAGUAACUUUAUGUAUGGUUUACUCUUUUGAGUUAUGAAUAAUGGAGAAAUGAUAAUCAAUAUACGGAGAA